AAGCAAAACUCCAUUUUCCAUUUAAGAGAAAAUGGAUCAGUCACUCGACCAGUUUAUUAAAGACCGCAAGAUUAAAUACCCAGGACGCGGAGGUCGUGGGCGCGGACGAGUCGCAGUCAGAGGAAACCCCAGAGGUGGGUCUACUAGUCGAGGCCGCGGAGGUAACUACUAUAACAGCCGUGGAAGAGGAUCCAUGAUUCCUAGAAGAAACUUCCAAAUUCAAGGUAGUCGGGGGUUUAGAAAGAAUCAGUUUGGGUAUGCUCCUAGAGGCCGGGGAAUGCAGAUGAAUCAACGACGUUACUACACUCCAAAUUUUAGACAGCAAGGUCCUCCAAGACAGAAUUCAAGGGGUGGAUUCUUUAAUAGGAACGCCCAGUUCAACAGACCUAGUCCGUUCGCUAUGCAAAGAGGUGGCGGCGUAAUGAAGAGGGGUCAACAAAGUAGUGGGUUUGUAGGAAACAGAAUACCAACCAAGCUUUACAUCUCUAACCUAGAUUUCGGCGUUUCGAACCAAGAUAUCAAAGAUUUAUUCAGCGAGUUCGGAAAAAUGAGACGAUUUGGAGUAAAUUUCGCACAAGGAGGCAAAAGCUUAGGAACUGCUGAAGUACACUUUGAAAACAGAGGAAGCGCUGUUAGGGCUAUUCAAAAGUACAACAACGUGACAUUGGAUGGGAGACCAAUGAAAUUAGCAAUUUCCGAACCAUCUGAGCCGAAUGUUGUUCAGAGAGUACCGAUAGCCAACAGAAUUCCCCCGGUCAACCAACCACGAGCCAUUGGUAGAGGAAUUACUAAGAAGCUGGUAGAUAGAAGCAAGCAGUACAUGAUGAAUAGAGGGCGUGGUGGUCAACGAGGAAGAGGUCAAAUGAUGCAGACUUUUAGAGGUCGCGGAGGGAUGCGAAGAGGUCAGCGGGGGUCGAUGCGUGGAAGAGGUCGAGGGGGUGGGAGAGGGGGAAAUAAACAGACAGCUCCGACUCAAGAACAGUUAGACGCCGACCUAGCUGCUUUCACAGCAAAGAGCGAGUGAAGCAGCACUAAAUGAAUUUAAAAAAUCCAACGUUCAACAAGAACUAAAUCGAAAAUAUGAACAUUUCGCGUUUAUUGUCGAAUUUGAUGAUAAUGCAACAAAUUUUCAAGUUUAUUAAAUUGUGUUCAUUGAUUUUUUGUUGUUUUUAUUUUGGGAUAUCAAGUAAGUCAUCUUUUAGAAAUGCGCCAAGAUGAAAAACUGACCUUGUGGUAAUAAGAUUAACCAGCAGUUUAUUAUUCGUUCAUCUUAUUUCUUUUUUCUACUUCUGUUCUUUUUAUUGCUGUUUUUAUAUUGUAUACACCAUUGUUCGUGUUUUGUUUGAAUUUUCUAACCCGAUUGUAGUCUGAUGGACCCUGGAAAAAUUAACAUGUUUGCAGCA